CGUCGACCGUCGACCAAUGUGGUUUGUUUUGCUCAACGAAAAACACGUGCUGGACGCAUAGUUCCUACAAAAAGUUUCAUUUUCAUACAAUUUCAACGCAUUUACCAUAAAAAAUGGGUAAGAUCAAACAGGAAAAGCCAGACACCGACUUGGACACUACCGUCGUGAAGGAAGAGGACACCUACGACGAGAAAUUACGGAAUGUGAACGCGAUCUCCCAGCCGAUGGCGUCCAAAAAGCUGACCAAGAAAAUUCACAAGCUGAUCGAAAAAGCGGCUAAGCACAAAACGUAUCUCCGUAAUGGGCUGAAAGACGUUCAGGUCCGUCUCCGCAAGGGUGAAUCCGGCUUGGUGGUUUUCGCUGGUGAUGUGACCCCGGUGGAAAUUAUGUGCCACUUGCCUGCCGUCUGUGAGGAACGUAACAUACCUUACUGCUACACCCCGAGCCGGAAGGACCUCGGAGCUGCCAUGGGAGUCAAGCGAGGAACGGUGGCUAUGUUGAUAAGGGAACACCCCGAGUAUCAGGAUCUGUACGAUAAGCUGAAGACGGAACUGUCCACGCUGCCCAUUCCUUCGUAGAAAGCAGCGGAACAUAGUUGGUAAGGCAAUAGUUUAUAUCACUUGAUAAACCCCUCUUUGAAAUCUACCGAACGAACGCAAACGCCAAACGUUUGGAAGGACUAUUUUAAUGAAAUAAUGAGUUCAAUACAAUGAAACAAACUUGAAUUAACGUAAAAUCCGUGAACCAAACUUUUUAUUGCGAGAACAUCGAUUUCAUCAUA